AUGAGCCUCAAAGGGAAUCUAAGUGGUGAUAUUGGAGGAAUGACAGAAUUGAGAUCAUUGGACCUGUCAUUUAACCCAAACCUUACAGGAACCCUCACUCCACGGUUAGGAGAUCUGCUAAACUUGAACACCCUAAUCCUUGCUGGCUGUGGCUUCAGUGGUACUGUUCCAGAUGAGCUGGGCAAUAUUGCUGAGCUAUCCUUCCUGGCACUCAACUCAAACAACUUAUCUGGUGGAAUCCCUCCUUCUAUAGGUAAACUCUCCAAACUCUACUGGCUGGACGUUGCGGACAAUCAAUUGACAGGAACUAUCCCAAUCUCCAAAUCCGCCACGCCAGGCUUGGACCUGCUACUAAAUGCUAAGCACUUGUGA